ACCUCACAUGAUGGUCGUAAGGCGAUCAGGUAGCAAGGGUACACUCAGUAGAAGGUAAGGCUCGUAAGAAAAAAUGGUACUAGAUAUGAAUAACUGAAAAGUCUAAUACGUGUGCAGGUCACGUUCCUUUUAAAAUAACUAUUGUCCGGUCCCUGAUUCCAAGUCACGGAUUAAAAGAUUACGAUCCAAUGGCUUUGAUGCGUAUCAACAAGACCGCCUCGACAAGACCAGCCAGUUGACUUUAAGGCUUUGAACUUCAGAGAUAUUCAAAGCCUGAUACAAAUCCUCACUGUGUUAAAAUCACCAUUCCCUAGAUCGAGGCCUAAAUAAGACCAGAGGACCAGGGAAUAAGAAUCUACAUAAUCGGAUCGAAAGUGCAUACAUAAGGAUUAUCAUUAUCUCCAAGAUAAUUCACAAACACAGCCAAAGAGAACACUAAGGUGCAUGGACUGCAUUGAGCCUAUAACAUAUCGCUAUGGAUUACAUUAGAAGAAUAACAUCAAAAAGCCAUACAGAAAAGAAAAGUUUACCAGUGAAGCAGAAAUUUUCCCAUGGAGUUGGGCACAUUUUGAACGACCUAGCCGCAAGUGUCUGGUUCAGCUAUCUUAUUAUUUAUCUGACCAAAGUAGCUGGGCUGUCUAAUAGGCAUACUGGACUGGUCGUUCUACUGGGACAGAUUGCUGAUGCUGUGUUUACGCCAUUUAUAGGUAUCCUCUGUGAUAGAACAGUGUGUCGUUAUGGACGACGAAAAAUUUGGCAUUUAAUUGGUAGUGUCUUGACUAGCUUGUCGUUUCCAAUGCUCUUCAUUCAAAUGCUUCCUGAAGGGUCGUCGUCGAAUUUGAAAGUCGGUUAUUAUGUUGCUAUUGCUGCCGUAUUUCAAUUUGGAUGGGGAUGUGUGCAGAUAAGUCAUCUUUCUCUAAUUCCUGAAAUUUGCCACAGAAAUAAUGAAAGAGUGGAACUGAACGCUAUCAGAUCUGCGCUCACUUUUAUCUGCGGCAUUUAUGUUUAUGGCGUGACAUGGAUUCUACUGGGAGAAAGCAAAGAUAGUGUUCUAUCACCAAGUGUGUGGAAGCAGUUUAUGUACCUGGCAUUCAUAAUCGUUGCAACAGGAAAUCUAUUUAAUGUCCUCUUUCACGCGAUAACAAAGGAGCCUCAGUCCGAAGCUCUCGUCAGAUGGUUAGCGAAGAGACACUUGAAGAGAACAAAAGCUGUUGCAAGUAGCUGUAAUGGUAAAAAAGCUUGUAGUGAAGUCGGGUACCAAGCAGCAGGCUCACCAAACCGACGUAGUGGCGCCACUCCUUCCAUUUUAGUCUCAAUAUAUGAUGACAAAAAAUACAAGCAUUCCAAGAAUAAUAAUAACGGCGAAUUGUACACUUCGCACAGUAGUAGCAACAUAAACGAGGAUACUCCGUUGAUGGAGGAUCAUGGACUUGAAGAUAAUAAAGAACUUGAAAUUAUCGAUAGAAGUAAGGAACACCAAGUACAACAAGUACAACAAGUAAGGACGAAGAAACAAUGGAUGACAGAUCCUACGCUCUAUAAGGUUGCACUGAUUUACAUGUGCACUCGUAUAGUUGUAAAUGUCUCACAGUCUUAUUUACCGAUCUACCUUACCGAGACUAUGAAGUUUAACAAGGAGGCAAUUGCGUAUUUCCCCCUCGUCGUACUUAUCAGUGGAGUUCUUGCAAGUAUUGGAGUCAAACCUUUAACUAAAAGACUAGGAAGCAAGAUCACCUACUGUAUUGGAUCCUUGAUGGCCUUGGGAGCAUGUUUCUGGUACUUUCUCCAGUCCAUUGAAGGACGUAAUGCUAUUUAUGCCACUACUGUCCUAAUGGGUGUCGGUGGUUCAGUGAUGCUUGUCACGGCUUUGUCGUUGAUCUCGGAACUCAUUGGACACGAUAAGAAAUCAGGCGCCUUUGUAUACGGGGCGAUAAGUUUUACAGACAAACUGUCAAGUGGAGCUGUUAUAGCUAUUAUACAAGAACUCAACCCAAGAAAACAACAAACAGAUAAGUGUGCUUCCUGUGAUGAUUAUGUGCGUAACAUACAGAGUCUUGCUCCAGGGAUCGCCGCAACAGUCGCCCUAAUCAUAGCUAUUGUCUUUUUUGAUUCUAUCUUUGUGUGUCAUAGAAGAGUUGAAAAACGUGACAUAGGAGUACAAGCAGAGAUUGAAGUAGAGAUUAAAGAAGACAAAAAACAAGACGACGAUAUGAUCUGUGAUAACAUUCCACGAGUCAAACAUCACACUACUACACCAAGACUAACGGAUAUUCCAGUAGAAAAACAAAAUAUUAAUUCGAGACAAACUAACCAUUCUAGUGCAUCUUUAACACCAAACAAUACUCUACACGAACCAAACCAUGAUGUUUGGCAGAAGCAAUCUGAUUCAUUUGAAGCAAGAAACUUUAUGAAUGAUACAGCACCAAAUAAUGAAUACACAGCUUUUAGAUUAGCGUCUGGGUGUUUACCAUCACCUUUGUUGGAAAGAAGAACAGUUGUAUGAUGACAUGUGAUGCUAGAUAUUAGACGACAGUGAUGAUGACGAUAACAAGUUUACAAUCUUUUUUGAUGGAAAAAUUGAUAAUGUUAUAAUGACAUAUGCUAGGUAUUACACGACAAUGAUGAUGAUGGCGAUGAUGAUGAUGAAGAUAACAAAAUGUUUAUCUCAACUCUAAACCAAAUGUCUGGAUGUUUACCAUCACCGUUGUUGGAACUAUGAAGAACAAUAGGAUGAUGAUAUUUGCUAGGUAUUAGACAUCAAUGAUUAUGAAGAUAACGUGAUGUUUAUCUCAACUCCAAACUAAUGUCCGCUGAACGUUUGCCAUCGUUGGAAAGAAUAUCAAUAGUAUGAUGGUAAGGCAUACAGUCGACUGUCAGAUAAUGGUGAUAAUAAUGAUGGUGGUGGUCAAAGUGAUGCUGCUGCUGCUGAUGAUGAUUAAGAUGGUGAUGCUGCUGGUGCUGCUGAUGGUGAUGCAUGGUGCUGCUGAUGCUGAUGAUGAUGAUUAAGAUAGUGAUGGUUGUGAUGCUGAUGAUGAUGAUGAAGAUUAAGAUAGUGAUGCUGCUGCUGAUGAUGAUGGUGAUGCUGAUGAUUAAGAUGUUGAUGCUGCUGCUGAUGAAGUUGAUAUUGAGGAGGAUGAGGAUGUUGAUGGUGAUCAUGCUGCUGAUUACAUUGUUUUUGUUGAUGAUGAUGGUGAUGUUGAUGAUGAUGGUGCCGGAUGGUGGUGGUGGUGAUGAUGAUGAUGAUUAAGUGCGUACAAAAAAUCAAUUUUUUGUCUAAAUAAAAACUACUUACUAUUUAGCACAAGCAGCUAGUACCGUUUUCAUGAUGGGUAUUCUUGUUAACAUUAUAUUUGAUCACAAUUGAUACCACAGCGAUUCUAGCCGAACAAGUUUUUCCUCAAAAAAAAAGCAAGCCUUUUUAAACCCAAAUAAAAUUUUAACACACAGCCAGCUAAAUUUAUCGACUAGUUUGUGAUAGCAGUUUUUCUUAGCUUGGUUAGUAGAAAGAUUUUCUCAGCAUAUUUAGGAAUACCUUUAAGAGGCAAUGACAUGUGCUUCGUAGUAAUACAAUAGUAAAGUUUUAAUGGUCAAACAAUUAUGCUAUUACAAAUACAUUCGCAUUUGUUGGAUGUUGAUCUCAUAAAGCUUUAUCUUUUUGUAUGAAUAUUUCUCUAUAUCAGAAGAGCUAAACGACAGAAUUAAUGAAAUAAAAUAAUAGAAUGAA